UAUUCGUGUUUUCAUGCACUUGACGUCCCAUGCAGCAAGCCUCGCAGUCAGGUUUCGCAGCAUUUUUGCAUUCCACCGGAUCAGGUAUGGUGCUCCAGAGCACCUGAGAAACCAUGUCCCGGCCAUCAAAACGGCCCAAGAAGGCCUACAAGCGAGUCCAGUCACCCCUGAACGCGCUUAAAAACGAAAUUGAACGCCUCUAUGUGGUCGAAGGCUGGACAUUGGAAAGGAUCAGAGAGCAUAUCAGAGCCUCCUAUGGUCUUGAUCAGUCACCCAAGCAGUACAAAGACCAGUUGAAAAGCUGGGGCAUCAGAAAAAAUCAUACAUGGCGUGAUGCUGCCUUCAUAUUAAGGCUCUUGAACCGUACAAGAGCAGAAGGACGUCCCCGAGAGGCUCAAACAGUCCUCUUCUCAUCAUUCCCUCGCCGUCGAGAGGAUAUCCUCAAGUAUAUCAAGAGAUCCAAAUUGGUCGAUGAAGCGCACCUGCUGUCCAAAAUCUCAGAUGAAGAGGAAACGCCACUUCACAUCAAAUUGCCGGAUACUCCCCUGGAACAAACCGUGCCGAGAACAGCGCACAACCCGCUCACUCCUCCCUCAGGCGGCUCGGGGCAUCUGAUUCCUCCGCCAGACCAUGCCGAAGUGCCACCAUUGAACGCCAUGCCAUCCCCAGAAGUCAGUCCGCGACCGUCGUCCCAAUGGUCAAGUAAGGGCACCCCGUCGAAGAGGUUAUCAACCUCGACCUCAGAUACUGAACCCGAUGACAUGGACUUGGACCCUGAAUCAUUGCCGAUGCCACCUCAUGACACCGUUAAGCAGCCAGCCUCGCCCAAGUUAGGUGACCCUUUUGGACCGGAUGGUCCAUUACGGCAGCAUAACGGCCUCGAUGGGCCAACGGAUGGCCUGUCCGUAGACGACAUAAAUGCGUUGCUCUCUUCCACGCCAGCUAGCAUCGACCAGUUUGGCCUCGGGUUUGAUAUUGCCCGGCUCGGAGUAUAUACUGACAGCCCUCAACUGAAUGAUGGCAGUUUCUCAGCGCGGUUCGUAACGAACUGCUUAUACUGGUUGAUUUGUGUUGGCCAAGACAAGCCUGACUGCAGAAAGAAUGCCACGUACCACCUGGAUCAAGCCAAGUUGUACUUCUUAUGCAUGAUCCAAGAUGGGAGCCCUCCUGGUGAAGCAUGCAUUGGCGCGUUGAGUGUGGCCUCUGUGUUGUUCGAGUGUUUGGGUCACACGGAGCGACUGGCGGAGAUGCUUGCUGAAUGCGACCAAGUCACCAGAACGCACCUCGGUGACGACAAUCCUCUGAGACUGACAAUCGCUUUCAAGAAAAACUUGCUACAACGUGGUGGUGGAUGCAGUCCCCUUCAUGAUGUCGACCGUCUCCGAUACAUCUAUCACCGGAUGGAAUGUGAAUACCCAAAGUCCCGUGGUCCGGUGUUGAUGGCCAAGUAUCAUCUCGUGUGGGCCAUGCUGGAGAAUGAGUUGAAGAAGGAUCGAGGACAACGAGAUUUCCGCCCCGCAAAAGAAGGCCUCGAGGCUCUGCUCAAGGAAUACGAUGCGCAUGUCGGCUCGACUAGGAUCGAGACAAUCAUGGCAGCCACUACACUGGCGAGAGCCACCUUUCGUUUUGGUGACGCUGAGAGGGCCGAGGAAAUCAUUGUCGACGAAGUCUUUCCACGGCUAAGGGAGAACUUUCCUGAAGACCAUCCGUAUACAUGGGAAGCCAAACAUCGCCAUGCAUACUUCCUUCUGCAGCUCGCCAAAGCGGACCCAGGACCCACAUACAGAAGACGACUCCAGCAAGGUGAGCAACUUCUUCGCGAGGUUGUGCGGCACAGGCGGCGCGUGCUCGGCGAAGGUAAUCCGAAAUCCAUGCAAUCGUUCGAAUUGCUGAAGACCAUUCUCGAAAAGCAAGCCAAAGUUAAUGAAGCAAAUUCGCUGUGGUGGUGGUGUAAGCGUCAAGUCUGAAAAUUGCCACAAAGCGCGGGAUGUCCUUACCAUUACAUAUCCUCAUGUACGC